AUAGCCAUGCUGUUGUUAUGGUGAUUGUAUGGCAGUCGUGCUGUUGUCAUGGUGAUUGUAUGGUAGUCAUGCUGUUAUUUUGUUUGGUCUGUUUUGGCUGGCCGCGGGGGCGUGGCUCUUUCCUGCCGAUGAUGUAUGCAGACCGAGAGGCGGGGCCGAGCUCGCUGUCAAACGGGGAGAAGGGCCGUUCGUCAGACUACCUGAGCAACGGGAAGAAGAGGAAAGCGGACGAGAAGGAGUUCAUGACGGACUACGGCAGCGACGCCGACAAGAGCGAUGACAACCUGGUCGUGGACGAGGACCCGUCCUCGCCCCGCAGCGUGCAGUCCUACUCCUCCCGGGAGAACGGGCUGGACAAGAUGCCCCCCUCCCGAAAAGAGCCCCCGCCCCAGGCCAGCCCCGCCUCCCUGGCCUCCUCCAGCAGCGCCGCCUCCCCGUCCCGCGGCAAGGAGCCUCCUCAGGGUGAGAAGUCCAGCACGCCCGUCCUGAAGCCGGGGACCCCCAUGCCCCCGGAGUCGUCCACCCCCGGCCCCAGCGUGCCCCCACAGUUCCGGGCCGUCCCAGGGAAGGCCGGUGUCGAUGCCCUUGCUCUGGGGCUCAGGAAUCCUCUGGCGGUGCAGGGUGCCUACCCGCCGGGGGGGUUUGGGCUGCCCCCCCCCGGGGUGAACGGGGAGCUGGGCGGGGCCGCUGGGUACGGGGCGGGGCUGCACCUCGUCUCGCCCCAGAUCAACGGGGCGGCGGCGGCGGCGGCGGCCGUUGCCGCGGGAUACGGGCGAUCCCCUGUGGUCGGUUAUGAGUCACCCCACCCCCACAUGAGGGUCCCUGGGCUGCCCGCCAGCCUGCAGUCUGCUGGCUCAGGAAAGCCGGCGUACUCCUUCCACGUGAGUGCGGACGGGCAGAUGCAGCCGGUGCCCUUCCCCCCCGAUGCCCUGCUGGGCCCGGGCAUCCCGCGCCACGCUCGGCAGAUCCACAGCCUGAGCCACGGGGAGGUGGUGUGCGCCGUCACCAUCAGCGCCUCCACCCGCCACGUCUACACCGGCGGCAAGGGCUGCGUGAAGGUGUGGGACAUCAGCCAGCCCGGCAGCAAGACCCCCAUGGCCCAGCUGGACUGCCUGAACAGAGACAACUACAUCCGGUCGUGUAAGCUCCUCCCCGACGGGCGGACCCUGAUCGUGGGAGGCGAGGCCAGCACGCUGUCAAUCUGGGACCUGGCCACGCCCACCCCGCGCAUUAAGGCGGAGCUGACGUCCUCGGCUCCCGCCUGCUACGCCCUGGCCAUCAGCCCCGACAACAAGGUCUGCUUCUCCUGCUGCAGCGACGGCAACAUCGUGGUGUGGGACCUGCACAACCAGACACUCGUCAGGCAGUUCCAGGGCCACACGGACGGGGCCAGCUGCAUCGACAUCUCCAACGACGGGACCAAGCUGUGGACGGGGGGGCUGGACAACACGGUGCGCUGCUGGGACCUGAGAGAGGGGCGGCAGCUGCAGCAGCACGACUUCACCUCCCAGAUCUUCUCUCUGGGGUACUGUCCCACAGGGGAGUGGCUGGCCGUGGGGAUGGAGAGCAGCAACGUGGAGGUGCUGCACGUCUCCAAACCCGACAAGUACCAGCUGCACCUCCACGAGAGCUGCGUGCUCUCGCUCAAGUUCGCCUACUGCGGUAAAUGGUUUGUGAGCACAGGGAAGGACAACCUUCUGAACGCCUGGCGGACGCCGUACGGGUCCAGCAUAUUCCAGUCGAAGGAGUCGUCCUCGGUGCUCAGCUGCGACAUCUCCCCCGACGACCAGUUCAUCGUCACGGGCUCGGGAGACAAGAAGGCCACCGUGUACGAGGUCAUCUACUGAGGACGCACCGAUUGGACGACGCCGGGCCUUGGGGCCACGCCCCCUGCCGUGUGCCAGUGACUGGAGUUCGGUGGGACGGCGGAGGGGGCGGAGAAUGUGACACCAGGGUUUUUGUUUUUUUUUUUUUGUUUUUUGUUUUUCGUUACUCUAGUGCAGGGUGGAUGCGAUGGCCAGACUGGAUUCGUGGAGUUUUGACCUCAUUACUGCUCAGAGAAUGCAGGCAGUCUGACUAAAGACAAUUGGGAUUCCUCCAAAGACAUCAACUUAAAAAAAAAUAAAUAAAUAAAAAAAACAAUAAAAAAUAAAAAAAACUGUAAAAAUGAAAGAAGGAAAUUUUAAGAAAACCCCCCGUAGUUAAAAGUUAGCAAAGGAAGAACAGGAGGAAGCUUAUUUUUCAGCUUUUGGUUUCUUCACAGGAAAAGAGACUGGUCCCUGUGUCAGGUGAUUUUGGGGGGGCGGAGGAGGGGGGACACGGCUUGGGGGUGGAAGGGAAUGAGAUGGUGUCCCGGUUCAGGAUGGGUUCUCUUUCUGCACGAACCCCGUCUGUACAGUAAGGUUACACGCCGGUCGGCGAGCGAUAUUCAGGAGGCUUUUCACGGACGCGGUUCAGCUCCAGUGUGUUAAUGUGACUCCCCGGAUUAAUGACUGAACACAGUCAGCGCGAAACAAUUCAAAGACCAGUGAACAGCCUGCAGUUCCAAUGAAGCCACCUAUUCAAAUCAUUGUUGUACUUCUUUUUUUUUUUAAAGAGUAUACGGACUGACCCGGGUUCUUUCAAAAACCAAAUGCUGCCUGGAAUUCAGGCCCACCUACAGUCGGACUGUGAGCGCAUACCUCCUCCGCUACCUUCGUGUCAGUAGCCCUGUAGUCAGAUCAUUUCUUCCUUCUUUCCCGACGCCAUCUCUUUCACCAGGCCCCUCCUGUACAUUCAGGAUAAUCUCUCUCACUUCCUGUUCGCUCGACAGACAGGCCGCUGUGCUGACAUCACUUCCUGCUGCGUAGUAAAUCCCCGUUAUGGAGAUGAACGCCUCGGGUGUUUUUCUGAAGCGCCCCUGGAGAUGUUGUUUUUUGGAGCUCUGAGCAGGAAGCGUUCGUCUCCCGGGAGACGGGAGGGGCUGGCCUCGGGGGAUAAAAACGCUCUUGUCGUUUUUGUCGGCUUUGUCGCUGCGACGUGUUGCGCAGUUCAGAGUGAAAAGAAGAAGUAGAAUAAGAAGAAGAAGAAGAAAAACCUCCUCAGGCUUCAGUUCAGACGUUCCCGCUAACAGACUUUUCAUGACCUCCUGCAGAGAUGACGGCCCAGCAUUUCAGUGCGUGCGGAUCACCAGGGCCCCACAGGUUUAUCAAGAUGCUCACGUUGGCACCCCUUGUUAUGUUUUCUACAGAUGGCCGGGCAGUGUUUUCCUCCUUGUUUAAAAAAGAAAAAAAGAAAGAAAGAAAAUGGGGGGAAAAAAAAGUCCUAUAUUUAAAAAAAAAAGAAA